AUGAAGCUGAGCAAACAAGUCAAGCUUGCUACCCUCCGUAGAACUGUGCCCACUCGAAUCCGCCAAGUGAAGGUAAACCCUGCGACUGCUAAGCUGUUGGACAGUUGUUACUCUGCCUUGAAAGAUAUCAAGAACCCGACCCCUGAGGAUGAUGAUCUUAACUGUAGCCUUGCGUACUUUGACUCUGAACAAAGUGGGGAAGCUCGCCGUAAGAAAGAAAAGGGAAAUGCGAUGCUGGCUUUUAUUUGUAAAGAAGCGGUUAUGGUUGCUGUUGAUCAUUCAGUUUCUGGCACAGAUAGUAUACCAUCGUCAAAGUCGGUUUUCCACCACCGCAUUGUAUUCAAUCCUCACGUGAUUGGCUGGCUCACUGUAGAUACUCGGGUGACUCGAGAAUUUCUCAGAUAUCUUGAACUGAAUUGGGCGGAAGGAGCUUCUGUUUCUGAGGUUUUCCAUGGGCUGGUUGACAUUGUUACUUCUGAGGGCAUGGGGGUGUCUGCAAUAUUGAUUGCUGGGUGGGACAAAACGGUAAUUUACAACACUUCACUGUGGAAUUCUUCAGGUUGGAGUUGGAACUUUCCCUUAAUGUCAAUUAAAGAAGCUGCAAAGCUUGCCAGAAUUGCAAUUCGGGCAGCUCUAGCUGAAUCUGAUGAUGUUAAUGGAACUGAUGAAUGUGGUAACAGUGGUGUUGAUAUCAGUGUUUACUAUGUACGUCCUGCUGGUUUCGGCGUAGUUGAUGAAGGGACAGAAUGCAAAAUGCAGUAG